UUAAUUAUUACUAAUUUUCAGUUUUUUUAAAGUGAAUAUUGAUAAUUGAAAGUUGUCUAAAAAAAUGGCUGCAAGUAUAAGUUUAGAAAAUGAUACUAAAUAUGAUGUUGUUGAAAGUGAAUUACAUUAUAUUAAUUCAAAAUUUAUAUCAUUAAAUGCUGAAGAAAGAAAAGAAACCAAUGCUUUCUUCUACAAGUUUAUUCCGUCAUUCGUAAACAGAAUGCAAGAUGUUGAUAUAUUAUUUGAUUCUAUGUUUCAAUCAAUAUUAUACGCUGGAAGCUACUACGAAGGCUUAAAAAUUGGUAAACCAGACGAAUACGAUCUGGAUUUAAUUUUUAAAUUACCAAUUAAUUAUGAUGCUUUGGAAAUAACGUCGUCGCCGGAGAAACCUGGAUAUGUGAGAAUACGAAUUUCAGAUCUUGAACAUAGAAGAUUGCUAAAAGACCAAUAUUGGAGUGAGCGCUACAAAGUAAUGGCUAACUGGUUUGAUGAAAAUAAAUUCUUUAUACCUGAUAAAUUUCGUUAUUGGCUUCAAUCGGUUGUACAAAAAACCAUAAAUCGAUACACAUAUGACAGUGAUCAAUGGAUAUGUUAUUCCACAUCUGGUCCAGCCAUCACGUUGCAUGUAGAAAAAGACGAUAUUGAAUUUAGUGUUGAUUUAGUACCUGUUCUUCAAAUGCAAAAUCGAUGCCCGCCAUCGGAGAUUUGCAAUAUACGAAAAUCGAAAUUUUUAGAAGAAGAUUUUUAUGAAGAAAAUUCUGAAGAAGAAGAUUCUGUAGAGAACAAAAUGUUAUCCUGGUAUGUGGUUCCAAAACCAAUAAAAAGUGGGUCAAAUAAUACAAGUGGUGCUAAUUUGAAUUGGCGAUUAGCGUUUCACGACCACGAAAAAAAAUUAAUAUCAGGAAAUGAAAGACUAAAACCUGCUUUGCGAUUAUUAAAAAAAUUUCGUGAUUCACAAAAUUUUGCGAAAAUUGCUAGCUAUUAUUUAAAAACAAUUUGUUUAUGGGAGUUGAAAAAAGCCAAAAACAAAAGACUUUGGACAUCAGGUUCUUUAAGCAAAGUUUUUGUUCAUAUUUUAAAAGCUUUUUCUGAAGCAAUAGAAAUUUGUGAAAUCCAAUAUUAUUGGCAGAAAGAACACAAUCUGCUUUCAGAUAUAAACCGAAGUACAAUUGUUGAUAUGGGUUAUCGAUUAAACAAAAUAAUUAAUAAAAUUGAAUUGGAUCCUACAAUAAUUCCUCAAUUCAUUUUAUCAAAAGAAGAAUAUCAACGGUGUAAGUGUGAGAAUGUCUAUUUCAGUGAAUCGCGAAUCCAACCGUAUUCGCCAAUCACUUCAAUCAGUUCAUCUUACCGCCCGUCUUCACCAAUAAGAUCAACCUAUUCAUCCAUCCAACCAAUUGUGGUUCAAUCUGAAACACAAUCUGAAACACAAUCUCAAAUUCCAGGUUGGGGACAAAUUGCGUUGGGAUUGGGACUGGGACUUGGGGCAGUUGGGGCGCUAGUUUUAUUAAACAGAAACAGAAACAGGAACAACUAAGAUUUUUAUUUAUUUUUUUAUUUUGUAAACAUUUUUUUUAACUCCAAAAAUUACAAAUUCCUCGAAGUCUAUAAUCUUUUGAGUAAUAUUACAGUCGAUGUAUAUGUACAUAUGUAUAUGUACAUGUUCCAUUCAUACAUAUAAUCAGUUUGCGCUGUGGGGCUUAUCCCAAAGAAUGAAAUCUGUACGUGGUGUGCUAGCAAAACUAUUUUUCCCGACAAAAUCUUCGGUUGAAACCGGACUCCAUAUUUAUUUUUUUAAACGUAUACGUUUUCCCAUUUUCGUAAAAAUUCAUAAGUAAGAAAGUGAUUUUUGAAGGAAAAUUUUUUUUUCUGAAUAUUUGUCAAAAGACUAUAGCUUUUUAAAGCAAGUUUUAAAA